AUACUACCCGAUCUUUUUAUGUUUAAUUAAUUAAAAAAAAUCCAAUUCAUGUUAUGGUAAUUGUUAUCUAGGUUUAGACGACAAAAUGGAAUUGUUUACUUAGUGAGGUUCCAUAUUGUUGGUCAGAUUUAUCAGAGCUGAGUCUAGGCCAAAAUGAGUGAGUUGCAGGCAAGCCUGGAGUUCUCAAUAGAACUUCACAAGUUUUACAACGUUGAUCUGUUCCAGCGAGGAUAUUAUCAAAUCAGAUGCGACUUAAACUGCUGUUCCAAACUGUCUGCUAAAACGGAAGUGAGUUUACCACGAGGAGACAGUUUGGAGUCUACUAUUCCUGCCAGCAUUAUCAAUGGAACAGCUGUUUCUAAAACUUUUCAGAUUCUCUACAGAAAUGAAGAGAUUGUUCUAAAAGAUGUAAUCCAUUAUAGGGUUCAUGUUCUCCUAGAUAGUGCUAAGAUACAGGAGACUUUAAACUCUGCGGAUUUUGAGCUUGAGGUUGGACUGUGGUUCUCCGAGUCCGGGUUUGGUAUGGAACAGAUAGAUACCUUGGAGUGUGUCUCCAGUAGAAAUCUGAAACUGGAGUUUCUUUCAAGCCAAGGAAUCCAUUACUGUGUUCCUGUUCUUUUUGAUUACUUUCAUCUAGCUGCUGUUAGCAUUACAGUACAUGGGGUACUCGUGUCUAUACAUCAACCAUACCUUUCCUCCCCUAGACCUGGCAAUAAACGUGGAAUGGGUAAAAGCCCUGCUUCUAAUUUCUCGACAAUGGAAACCGUCCUGUUUGGGCAGAACCAGCUUAAUGUUAAGUAUGGAACUAUGAGAACAAGGCUAGCCAUAGCCUCAGCAAUAUAUCAGGAAGUAUGUCUGCUCCUGCUCCAGUCCCUGGAGGGUUUACAGAUAUCCCUGGAGCAUCUAUCACACUGUUUACCAGAUCUAGCUAAACCUCAAGUCAAGUUGGUCGAUGUACGGGAUAGGGUUAAGAAACUUUCCAAGGUAGCCGAGGGUCUGGAUAAUGAAGAUGAUUUUUUACUGAAGGCUAACAGUGAUAUCUCCCAACUGUGUGCUGAGAAUAUUCUACUCUGGAACAAAUAUCUAGAUACAUUUACGCUACGUGAUGGAGUGCGUCAACAUCUUGCUGAGAUUCAUCACAAUCAUCGUCUACGAAGAUUUUCCGAAGGAUUUUUUACAAUGCGUAAUCCUAGAAAAGCUGUUCUAUGCUGUCUUGACGCCAAACAUCAGCAUCAUUUGACCGUCAGCGAUGCUGUACGCAAAUCUGAAUAUUUUCAGUCAUUACCCAAUCUUCAAAUACACUGCAAAGCAAUAGAUGGUAGUCCUGGCACCCUUCCAAUAAUAUUCGAAGACACCUACACAGAUGGAAUUCCGAAACGGAAUAGUUCUUUCGAUAAUGUUCAUCUCUACGCAGGAUGCUUGGUUGUACCCAACUAUGGAGGUGGUGAUGAGUCUAAUUUAAUUGAUGAAAAGAUUAGUUAUGAUAAACCUUCUAACUUCUCUAAACUAGCAACUGACCCUCAGACAAGCCUUGACCAGCUACACCACGACCUAUCCCUGCUGGUCAACGCCAACAAGGAUCGGCGAUCUGAAAAAUCCGAUGAAAAAUCUCGCCGUAAAAAAGUCUCUCUUCCCAGCAAACUCAGUCGGACAAAAACCUCCCGGGAAAUGGGUUCCUGGGAAUUUCAAGAAAAAUACGCAAUUCCGCGGAAAGCCUCGUUGGAUUCCGUAAGUCCUGGCGGUCUUGGAUUACAGACGGCCAGCGCCGAUUCUCGAUUCAACCUCCGCGAUAAACUAAGAAGCAGUAUUAAGUCUGAAAGAAGCUCUGAAGUGAAUCGAAGCUUUGAGAAGCCGAGUAGUUCUUCAAAAAGCGGCUUCUCACAUCUUGAAUGUUGUUCCGAGGUUCCUUAUAACCUAGAGGAGGAACCGGAGGAAACAGAGGGAUCAUUUACGCCUCCAACUGUACAUCCAAUUCCUCCAACUUCAGAGACAGAUAAGGAUGAGGAGAGUUCUAUAUCUGAAAGAAGUGGAUACAUCUCCAACACAACCAGAACUUCGUCAGAUAUAUCUGUCUCUAGUCCGGAACAUCAGAAACAAGAGUCUCCGAGAACACAAGGACGCAGGCAUAGGAACGGAGGGAUAGAUACAGAAUUAAUGGAGAUGAACAUAAGAGAAAAAACAAGAAGAGAAAAUAAAGAAAGAUUAGGAUCUAAAAUGGAAGCAAAAGAAAAAACAAAAUCGGAUGACUACGAGAGAAGAAUUAUCAACAAAGAAGGUGCAGGGAGAGAAGAAGAUGGAAGAAGGAGAACUAUUGGACCUGGAGAUCAGAAUUCAGAGAAGUAUACAAUUUUGAACCCAGAGAAGGAGAGGCGAGACUGUUUUGUUAGAUUAAAAUCAGAUUUCGGGAAGGAUAAAAUAGAUCAGGGAGCACGGAAGGAUGGCGUUGGAACGAGUAGGUUGAGAAAAUAUCUCCAGGAGGAGGGUUCAGGUUCUCCGGGUUUGGGUUCUCCGGGUCUAGUCCUAGGUAGGACGGAAAGAUCUAGGAGUGAGGAGGUGGAGAAGGAGGAGGGAGAUACAAGGAGACCACGUCAUAGGAGUGAAUGUUUGAAUGAGAAAUCUGUCCGGAGUCCACAAAGUCCUGGUUCUCAUAGUUUAAAGACGACCUCUACCGUCAGCUAUUCUAACCAAGAUAAGUCGGGAUCAUCUAAAGGGUCUAAAAGUACAAGUUUACCGCCUCCGAUGGAAUUCAGAGAUCCUCCCCGAGCAACCAACCAGGGUCGAGAAGAAAGGUUGUUGAGCUGGGACGCAUCCAGUCCAAGGAUAGAAGAGAGUAAACUAAACGAUCCAAUCAUACUAAGCUUUGUCAAACCAGAGGACAGACACACACACUCAAUAGACAAACAUGACACGUGCCAUAAACUUAAAAACGAAAAUAAACAAUUGUUGGAGGGAAAAUCAAGAUCUAAACAUGAGAAGUCAAGUGUAAAAAGUGAAAGAUCAAGUAAAAAAGAUGAUAAAUCAAGACUAAACCAAGAUAAAUCAAGGUUGCAAGAUGAAGGGAUGACGCAGAAUAACAAGGAUGGAAUGAUGAAUGAUAAACUGUACGCCAGCUUGACUAGGAUGAGUCGAAGUAACACAAUCUCGUAUAUUGCGGAGGAUAACGUUACCAUGGAUGAGUUUAGACGGAGAAAAUUAAACGUUGAAAAACCUCUGACUGAUGUAAGAAGAAGAAAACAGAAUAGUUCAGCAGCGAAAUUGUCUUCUCGUUUAUCCAGCAGCCUGCAGUUUAUUGACCGGCAUGCAGUAGACGCAUUACACAUCUCAAACCAGAACUCAGAGGGAGAUAUGCUGGAACAAAAAUCUGUCCGAAGUCGGCAAAAAGUUUUCGCUCUAGAGUCCUCUAACCUUGGUUUUACCUGUUGUGACUGGAUACCUAAUCAUAUCUCUUUACAAAACCCUGCUCUCCUUAAGAAAAUAGAAUACGUCAUAGGAGGAGCGCGGAUAAAGUUUGUGAGCGCGCGGGAGAACUUCAAGCGCAUGACAGGGUUUCCGGGGGCGCUCUACAGUGAUUUCCAAUUUAGGUAUUCCACACCAUACUUCACCCAGAGUACAGAAAUUGUACAUAAUACUUCACAUCUGGUUGUUUGUGUACAUGGACUUGAUGGUAACUCAGCUGACCUCAGAUUGGUUAAAACCUACCUUGAGAUUGCACUGCCCAGCGCUAACCUUGAUUUCCUUAUGUCAGAGAUAAAUCAGGCAGAUACUUUUCUCAGUUUGGAGGAUAUGACGGAUAAACUUGUUAAUGAAAUAAAUUAUCACAUCAGGAGUUUUAAUAAAACUAUCACAAGAAUAUCCUUCAUAGGGCAUUCUCUAGGUUGUAUUCUCAUUCGUUCUGCAAUAUCCAGACCAGAGCUUUCAGCACAUUCUAGUAAAUUCUACACUUUCCUCUCAUUGUCAGGUCCCCACCUAGGAACUCUCUACAAUAACUCUGGUUUGGUGAAUGCUGGCCUCUGGAUGAUACAGAAAUGGAAGAAAGCUGGUUCACUUCAGCAGCUCACUAUGAAAGAUUCCGGAGAUAUUCGAGAGACAUUUUUAUAUAAACUAGCGCAGAAAUCCAAUCUUCAACUAUUUCAACAUGUUCUUCUUGCAGGGUCUAGUCAGGACAAGUAUGUUCCGAUCCAUUCUGCCAGGAUAGAAUUAUGUAAAGCAUCAACAAAGGACACUAGUGUAUUGGGUACAGCGUACCGUGAGAUGGUUCAUAAUAUACUACUUCCAAUUGUAAAAGCAGAAACUGAAAUUGUCAGAUAUGAUGUACAUCACGCACUUCCCAACAACACAAAUUCUUUAAUUGGACGCGCAGCGCACAUUGCUGUUCUGGAUUCAGAACUCUUCAUCGAGAAGUUUCUGGUGAUCGCCGCACUCAAAUACUUUCAGUAAACUUACUCAAUUCAAAUCAUCGAAACAUUUCUAUUCAUCGCGCAAAUCCGCGAAAAAAAGAAAAAAAAGGUUUUCUAUAUAUAUACCAUCAAAUCAAUUAAUUAAUCGAAUUCCAAUGAUAAAAAGGUCUUCUUUCGAAGUAUUUUUUCAAUGGAAAUUAAAAAAACCAUUGCCAGUAUUUUGGUUUGAUUUAAAUUGCACGCCAUUUAAAAUUGAAAUCCAGCCAAAAAAAAACAAAUAAUGAAUACGCCAUAUUCAAGACUCUCAUUGUUGUUGUUGUGAACAGUCAAUAUUCAAUAUUUGUCAUCAUUUUUAAAUGAACUUAGUUUCUAUUUGUGAUACUUAUUUAGUCAUGUAGUUUUAAUACUAAUAUCAUAUUGUGAUAAACGCGUCGCCAUAUAAACACUGUGUGCCAUCCGGCUGUAACAUGUAAGUUGUGAAAAGUUUUAAAGAAUUUACAGGCAGAAAUAUUUUGAACAUGUAGUUUAUCAUUUACAUUUUUGGAGAAAUCUUGAUUUUUAAUAAAAACGAAUGUUUCUUCUUAUAA